AAUCACAUAAGAAAAUUAAAUCAAAGCACAGUUCAUUCCUCUUGUAACUUUAAUUACACAUACCAAGUUCAUCAGCAGGUAAUAGCAACUAAGAGAUGGAUCUGCAGAGUAUUCCAACAGUUACUUUAAGCUCUGUUGACGCGAAACCUAUGCCAGUAUUAGGACUUGGCACAGGUGGUUAUCCCCCUGCACCGCCAGAAGCAGUGAUAAAAGCGGUGCUUGAAGCAAUUGAGCUUGGUUAUAGGAUGUUUGAUACUGCUUCCUUUUACCAAACAGAGGAAGCUGUUGGUGAAGCUAUAUGUCAAGCGGUUAGUCUUGGUUUGAUCAAGUCUCGCGAUGAAGUCUUUCUUACCUCUAAGGUCUGGUGCAAUGAUACUCAUGCAGAUCGUAUCCUCCCUGCUCUCCAGAAGACACUAGAGAAUAUGAAGUUGGAGUAUCUUGAUCAGUAUCUGAUUCAUUGGCCAGUGAGCUUGAAGCCCGAGGCAAACCCUUUUGCCCUAAAGCCGGAUGAUGUUCUUCCACUGGACCUUAAAUCUGUUUGGACAGCCAUGGAAGAGUGCCAAAAACUCGGCCUUACGAAGUCUAUUGGUGUCAGCAAUUUCUCUUCCAAGAAGGUUGCUGAUAUUCUGGCUUUCGCUAAGAUUCCUCCAGCAAUCGUUCAAGUGGAGAUGAAUCCAGCAUGGCAACAAGGGAAGUUAAAGGAGUUCUGCCAGGCAAAGGGAAUCAAGAUAGCGGCUUUUUCUCCUCUUGGAGCAGCAGGAGCCUUUUGGGGAACCAAAGGAGUGCUGGAAUCUGAAGUUCUGAAUGAAAUUGCAAAGUCGAAAGGAAAAUCUGUAGCCCAGGUGGCUUUGAGAUGGGCUUAUGAACAAGGACUCGUCGUUGUGAUGAAGAGCUUCAACAAAGAAAGACUUAAGCAGAAUCAAGAAAUUUUUGACUGGGAGUUGAGCGCUGAGGAGUCCAAGAAGAUUGCUCAGAUCCCGCAGAUCAGGGCAAACCGUGGGGACAUUUUUGUCUUCGAAACUGGCCCUAUAAAAUCAGUUGAGGAGCUCUGGGAUGGAGAACUUUAAAAUGUCACUUCUUAGAUUAUCUGUUUCAUUAUCUUCUGGUGUGUAUAAUAAAUUCAGAAUUUAUAAGAGGUUGAGAACUUAAUAUACAUUUAAUUCAGAUUUUUGUGCUAGUUGCUUGAGAAUACUCUCUUCUCUUCA